AAAUGCAUUGGAAGAGAAGAAAGUUUUGGAGAUUGGGAGACUUCGCAGAGGAAGAGAGCAAACGAACGAGGUGUGACGACUUUCAUGACUACUAGUAGGGAUGUGACUGCUGAGGCGAUAUCAGCGAGGGAUGCGAGUAAAAAGUUAACUCAGCCAUCACAGGAUGAUGACUAUCUAACGAUAAUUCGACGAAUUCCUCCUAUUCUUCGAACCGAUAAAUAG